AUGUUGAGACAAUCGGUAAACAACGGUAAAGAUGUUCUGCCACUACCACCACAACAUAUUUGGGCAAGCGAUCCUAGAACUUCAGCUAUACGACGUACACUUUUAUUAAGAUGGGCAAUUAUUUCUAUUAGUGUAUGGAUUGUUUGUUUUCUAGUUUACUUGAUAUUUUAUGGUGCGUCGCGUUAUCCAGAACGUCUCACAAAACAUUUACAUGUAAUUCUCGUUGAUUUUGAUCAAGAGCAGGCCGGCACUGUUUUUCUGCAAGCAUUUAAAGGUAAUCCAGCAUUAGGCUGGAUUUAUCGGUCACCAGCAUAUUAUCAAAAUGAUCCCGAUAGAUUGAUACAUGAAGUAAACGAUGGUAAUGUAUGGGCAGCUGUUUAUAUUAAAGCAGGUACCACGCAAUUAAUUAAUUCGACAAUUAAUUCUAUCUUUACAACAACGUAUGAAUCUACUGUGCCACUAAAUCCAACAAUAACAUUUAUUUAUGACGAGGGUCGUAGCAUUAGUGUACCAUUUUACAUUAUCCAGCCAAUCACUAAUGCCUUAAUGGGAAUAAGUGCGAGAUAUUCAGCUAUUCUACUAAAUCAACUCAAUCAACGGCUGUUAUCAUCAUCAAACGGUAGCAUUGUACUUUCAAUUAAUUCUGUUCUAAUAGGACCUGCUUUAAGUAAUCCCUUAAGAUAUACUGUAUUGAAUAUACAUCCAGCAUUUUCAUAUGCUGGUACUAUUGGCACUACACUUGGUUAUCUCUUUCUCUGGGUCAUUGCUGUUGCUCAUGUAGGGCUAACUAUAGGUAUUACAUCACCUCUAAUUGGAAAAUUUAAAAUAAUUGACAUUAUUUUAUUUCGCUUAUUUUAUGGUCUAUUUCAAGGUCUUAUUUUUGCAAUAAUUUUUUCAUUAUGUGUUCUAUGGUUUACUGGUGCACCAUUACACGGUAUAUUUGUUCGUUACUGGCUAUUCAAUUGGCUAGCAAUUAUGACAGCUAUUGCCAUCAAUGGAACUGUUACAAUUAGUUUCGGAGAUUUCGCCGAAUUUGUAUUAUUAAUAUUUCUUGUAUUAAAUUUAGCGACAGGUGCCAAUAUUAUACCCCUUGAACUUAGUUCAAGAUUUUAUAGAAUUGGUUAUGGUUUACCGUUGUAUCAAUGCAUGAGCGCCGGAAAACAUUUUGUAUUUGGUUCAUUUACACACUUGAGCUUAAAUGUUGGUGUGUUACUUGCAUGGUAUUUCGGUAUUUUAGGAUUUAUUUUAGUUAUCACUUAUUAUCGUGGGAAAAAACAAGAACAAAAACUACUGGAAAAACAACGAAAUGGUGAGGAAUCAGAAGAAAAAGAGAACGUCGAUUGA